AUGGACAGAGAAUACGAGGAGCCUGCUACACACCCAGCUGAUCUGGGAACCAGCGGAGCCAUGAGGCUGGGUUCGGCAAUCCUUGGUUUACUCCUGCUCCAAGGCUACAGCUCUCAACCUAUGACAACUCAGACCUCACAGGGAGACAGAUCUUCCUCAGAGCCUGGCAGCCUUCGGCUGAACACCGUUACCCCAGAAAUUCUACAGAAGUCAUCUCAGGCCUCCUGGGUAUCCAGUCAUUCUGUGACGCCAAGGUCAAGGACCAUGGAUAAACACUCCCUUUCCUUGCCAGACUUGAUGUCCUUCCAGCCACAGAAGCACACACUGGGACCUAGCACAGGAGCCCCAGAAAGCAGCAGCAGCAGCAGCAGAGGAGAAGCGUCUCGGGAUGCUAUGCCCAGUCCAGAAGCUACCAGCCUUUGGACAAAAAAGAUGACCAUCCCGCCUACCCCCACAUCACAGUCAGUGCUAACGGUGGCUGCCUUUGGUGUCAUCAGCUUCAUUGUCAUCCUGGUGGUUGUAGUGAUCGUCCUGGUCAGUGUGGUCAGUCUAAGAUUUAAGUGUCGGAAGAACAAGGAGUCUGAAGAUCCACAGAAACCAGGGAGUUCAGGGCUAUCUGAAAGCUGCUCAACAGCAAAUGGAGAGAAAGACAGCAUCACACUCAUCUCCAUGAAGAAUAUCAACAUGAACAACAGCAAAGGCUGCACCUCAGCAGAAAAGAUUCUUUAAAAGUGACCUGGAGUUGCCAUGGGUCCACGUGUGAUGCGGCUAUCCAGUGGCCAUGAGGAAGAAGAGAGGAGAUGAGACUGGUGAAGGCAGCAGACCACACAUAAAUUAUUUUAUUUCAUGCCAGCUCCCAGCUCUAAAGGAUACGAAGUUCCUCUAGAUCCAGAAGCAACCUACCACACGAGAGCCUCCUUCCCACUUGGAAGCCAUGCUAGACAUUCUGCCUGCUCUUCCUCUUCCUCCUGAUCCUCCUCCUCAGAAACUCAGAGAUGAGGAGUCAAUAGAGCAAGACUUAAGGAAGUGAUGAGGUGACUAUCCAUUCUACUCAAAUUAAAAUUAUUUUCUGGCCUGGAA